AUGGGAUGGUCGCCGAGGAAUGCCGCCAACGCCUACCUCGACACGCUGAAGCUGGUAGGUCUCUAUCUGUCUCUCUGAUCGUGUGAGGAUUCCUCGAUCUAGGGUUUACGCCAUCUUGAUGAACCUGGGGCGGAAUGUGCGCUGCGAGUUCUCCAAUGAGGAUGACUAGGUUGAUCAGGCUAGGCCUCAGAUAGAGGUUUUCCUGAUCUCGGAAUCCAUCUUCGUGGAAGGCUGAUCUUAUUUUCUGCGGAUCAUUCUUUUUUCUCGACUUGGUCUCUCCGAAGGUGAUGACUACAGAACUUUCAGUGUCAGAAACAUAUCGCCGCUAGUUUUUGAACAAUAUAUUUCUCCUCGGGGCUUGGAUCUUCCAAUGUCUUGUGGACGUACUUCGUUGAUGUAUAGAAAAUGUUUGUUAUCCAUUUAUGAUAUUAAAAUCGGUCAACAAAAAGAAUAUAGUGGUUCAUUUUGUUUAUUCUAUUUCCAUGAUAGAUUCCAUGCUUCUAUUUCCGCACUCUGGAUGUUGAUCCCGUCAAUUUCAUCUGCAAAACUCAGUGCAAGGACGAGAACGAGAGGAGGCGCGAUCAAUCCAAGUCGAUCGAGCCAGAGAGCAACGAGUUCCUGUCCGCCUUGGCGGCCGGCCUGAGCGCACAGCUCAUCGUGGAAGUCUCGAGGGAGGCGUCGAACUCAACCAUCGCCCUCGCGGCGGCGGCCCGGCAGACGGGCGGCCGCCUGGUCUGCAUCCUUCCCGAGCCUGGCAAGCUGGAAGAGUCCAAAGAGGUGAUCAAGGGUUCGGGCCUCAACGACAUGGUGGAAUUCAAGGUCGGUGACCCCCACCAGCUCCUCCCCAGGUACGAGAACAUCGACUUCUCCCUCGUCGACUGCGAGACCGAGUCGAACACAGAGCUGCUCAGACUGCUGGAUGUGAACCCCCGGAGGGCGGUGGUGGUGGCCAACAACCUGAUGAGCGGAAGGGAGGGCCUCUGCGGCGCCAUCGGAGGCCUCAGAGGCAAGGGCUCGGUGAGGUCGAUGAAGCACCCGAUCGGGAACGGCAUGGAGGUCACCAUGAUCGGAGACGCAUACCAGUUCAGGAAGGUGGACAUGAGGAAGGGGGGCAGAGCAGCCCCCCUGAGGAGGAGCCCCCCCAAGAGCGUGUGGGUGAUGGAGGUUGACGAAGCGAGCGGGGAGGAGCACAUCUUCAGGGUGUUCCAGUCCCCCUGA